UCUGAAUCCGUCUCUCUGAUGCAAAAUAAGCGAUAAAAGUGGCGCUGUUUGCCGGCUGUUCGUCAGUGUGCUUUCGUGAAGGGAGACAGCCGGAAGAGCCGAAUAAAACCCACGGAAAUUAGAGAGAAUAGAGUAUCAUGCUGGACUUUUACUACAUGCUCUACUCGGCGCCCUGCCGCUCCAUACUGAUGACUGCCCGUGCCCUGGGCCUGGAGCUGAACAAGAAGAAGGUCGACCUGGAUGCCGGCGAUCACCUGAAGCCCGAGUUCGUGAAGCUCAACCCCCAGCACACGAUUCCCACUCUGGUGGACGGGGAAUUCGCCGUUUGGGAGUCGAGGGCCAUUCUGAUCUAUCUGGCGGAGAAGUACGACGAGGAUGGGUCCAUCUAUCCCAAGGACCCCCAGCAGCGGGCCGUGAUCAACCAGCGCCUGUUCUUCGAUCUGGGCACGCUGUACCAGAGCUACGUCUACUACUACUACCCCCAGUUGUUCGAGGGCGUGAAGAAGCCGGCUGAUCCCGAGCACUUCAAGAGGAUCGAUGCCGCCUUCGAAAUGUUCAACACUCUGUUGGACGGCCAGCAGUACGCCGCCCUCAACAAGCUGACCCUGGCCGACUUUGCCCUCCUGGCCACGGUUUCCACUUUCGAAAUAUCGGAGUACGACUUUGGAAAGUAUCCGAACGUGGUCAGGUGGUACGACAAUGCCAAGAAGGCGGUUCCCGGCUGGGAGGAGAACUGGGAGGGCUGCGAGUACUACAAGAAGUUGUAUCUGGGCGGCAUUCUGAACAAACAAUGAGUGGGCUCUAUUUAAUCUUUACUGUGUUUAUUGCUGCGAAUCUAACGCACUGUUUGAAUAAAGAGCCCAUAUUUGGUGUUAUUUUAAGAGUGCCAAA